GACCGGAGACUGGGAUGGAACGGGACCGGAGACUGGGAUGGAACCGGACCGGAGAGCCGCGCUGGGGACUCUGGAGAGCUGCACCUCCCCCGUCUGUCCCCCUGUUUGUCCCCGCUGUCCCCCCCGCUGUCCCCGCCUUCCCACCAAAGCCAUUUGUCACCCCCGGUCUGUGCCGUGUCCGGAGGGACGCUCCCGGUGUUUGCUCAGGGAAUUGGCAGCGGCUGAAGCCUGGUGGGUCACCCGGGGGUCCCCGCCUGCCCACGGUGCUGACGUCCGUGCCUGGUGGCCCCUGUGUCCCCAGGGAUGCUGUGUCCCCCUCCAGCCCGGUGACAAUGCGGGGUUUGGUGGGGACACAGGUGCCCCGUGUGCGUCACCGCGGGUUUGGGGGUGGUUAGGGGGGGAUAUAAAACCGAGCCUGGCACAUCCCGGAGCUCCCAGAGGCGCAGCGGGGACAUGGAGAGGGCUCGGCUGUGCCAGCUCUGCCUGCUGGGCUCCGCUCUGCUCCUGCUCGGAACCCCCGAACCGGUCCCGGAGCUCCGGGCCAGCCGGGAGGACACGGAGCUGGCGGGGCUGCUCCAGGAGCUGCUGGACGAGCCGGGACCGCGGGAGCUGCCGGCGCUGGAGAAGAGGCUGAGCUGGGUGCCCUGGUGCGCGCGCUGGGAGUCGUGCGCGGUGCGGAGGGGGGCGCGCAUCGGGAAACGCUGCAGCUGCGCCCCCGGCACCUCCUGCGACCUCCGCAUCCUCAAGUGCUCCUGAGGGAGCGGGGACACCGAGGGACAUCGAGGGACAGCAGCUGCCACCCGCCCCCAGCCCCCUCCCCGCACCGGGAUGGACCCGCACAGCCCCCCCGGUUCCCGGUGCCCCCGGGGCUGGCGGUGUCCAGGGACACAAUAAACCAUUGGAUCC